AAAAGCUCUCCUUCCUCCGUCGCUCCUCAUUCCACUGAUCCAAAACAUUUCUUCCUCCUCUUCUGAUUUGGAGUAAUCCACAGCCGUGGUCGCCUCUCGCGAGUUCGUCCAUCUUUUUCCUUCCCUGCCGUCUGUCCAUCGUAGCAGACCUAGGGUUUGGAGCAGGGGACCUUGUCGCGCCAACUGAUUGAAACGACGGUCAACAUCUUGUCUCUAACUCUCCUUCCUUCUCUUCUGAUUUGUAGUAAUCCACAGCCGUGGUCGCCUCUCGCGAGUUCGUCCAUCUUCUUCCUUCCCUGCCGUCCGUCCAUCGUAGCAGACCUAGGGUUUGGAGCAGGGGACCUUGUCGUGCCAACUUAUUGAAACGACGGGUCUGGAAGUUGUGCGGGGAUUGUUUGACAUAUACCAGUCGAGAUAUGACUUGUAGGCGUGAAGACCAAGAAUUUGAGCCUGUACAAAAUUCACUGGCAUUUCAAUAUCUUGUAAACGUCCUAGAGGUUGAUCUAUUACUUCGUCUUAAUUUUUACAAAGAAACACUAAACUGGUCACUUCUUAGGGAAUCAGUAAUGAAUCUUCUACUGGGUUCACGAAAGUUAAAUUUUAAGAGUGUAGUUAGGGAUUGCAUGCCCACUUUGCUUAGGAGGUGCCAUCAUAGUAUAUCAAAUAAUGUUCAACAACUGAGGAAUUCUGAAAACACAUGCUCCCAAUCAGAUCAAAAUUCUAAGGUUGCUGUAGCAAUUGCUAUUUCUCAACUAGAAAAAGAAACUUGUGUUUCUAUACAGAAAUUUUUUGGGCUGGUUUUUGAGCUUGAUGUAGUGAGAAAAGAGGCAGACUCUCUUGGACAAACUUCUCGUCUUGAUGGUCUUAGGCUUCCUAUCACUGAAUUUAUUGUGGAGGAAUUAGCUGACAACAAAGAUAAUUUUGCCCCUUUACUUCUGGUCUUCUCUGAACCUAAAUGGAAUUUGGAGAUAAUUUUGCUGUACUUUUCAAAGUAUUUAAUCAAGGUAUGCAACCUAAUUUUGUUGUUGCUAGACACUACUUUCCUGUCCGUCAACUAGCAGAGUAAUUGGGUGUUUUUACAUAUUCCCCUAUAUAAGCAUAAUCUCUAUGGUUCAACUGCUUUCAGACAUGUGCUGGCUGAGCUUUUGUUACAGUAGUACUAGAUUGCCUUUUCUAUUAAGACAGGGAAGAGACAUAAGAGAAUAAUAGGACAUCUUAGAUAGAAAACAAAUAUCAUUGAUUUGCUAGGCCUAUUUCUUUGAAGAUGAACCUUCUAUUCAGCAUCUCAACUUGCACACUAGGGUUUGGAGGUUGGGGGUUUAGGGGUUCAGGGUUUUUAGGGUUUGGGAUGAAUAGCGCUCGUAGAGGAUCCAAAUACUCCGGAAGACACAUUUUUGUAAGUUUUUCAGGGUUUCCUAUUUAUAAAUGACUUUCCUUCUUUUCAAGUCAACGACCGGACUCCUCAUGCUGAUUUGGUGCAGUACAUUUUGAUAAAAGUAGGUCUGCAGUCAUUAAUUAGUGAUUAACUGAUAUAAUUAUUAUAAUUAACUAAUUAAUUAAUUAAUUAGUUGAGAAAAUUGUGUGUGUACGUACAUUGGGGAAAGAUAAACCAAGAAAGAGAUGAUGUUGCCCGUAAUAAUAGGGAGCAUUUAAAAGAAAUCCAUGAUAAAAGAAAUAAAGAAAAUAUUGAAAACCAAGAUUAAGUGGAUGAUUCGUAUUUAAUUAAUUACCUAGUAUUCCAAAUAGAAUGAGUAAAAUACGUCCUAGAAAAUAAUGCAAAAAGAUUGUCUAAAAGGAAGUAGAAAAGCAAAACUUAUGAAUUUGUGUUUUCUUGGGUUUCCAUCAAUGGUCUUUUCCAUUGAGUAUAGAGGCAUUUUGUUAUGAGUUAUUUGCUAAAUUUAAGAAUUUUGUUAACUCUUUAACAAACUAAAGCAAAAGAGUGAUUUAAUUAGGACGUGUUUGGCUAGGUUAAUUUAAACUGUUAAUUACAACAGAUUAUAAGCCUCAAAGGAUUACUUGUAUAUAUAUGGCAGUUGGGAAAAAGUUGACUGUGAAUUUAGAAAGUGAGUGGAUAUAAUGGAUUAAGAAAGUAAUUAGAAAUAUGAAAAAGAAAUUGUUCAUAUAAAGAUCUUAAAUUGUUUUGUGAAAAUUCUUUAUGAAUUUACUUUGGUUCAAAAUUUCGAUGACAUAAUAUAAGGGAUUGGUUAUCAAUAGUAUUAACUCUCCUAGAAUUAUGGGAUAAGUUUCAAGACAAACUAUCAAGGAAUAGAUAUAAUCUACAUCCUAAACAACUCAUGAUCUUUAAAAAGUGUUAAUACGCUUGGAAAUGGCUAAUCCUAGAUUGGUUCAUCAUCUUCUUCAGUAAGUUAGGCGGAUGUAUGCAAAAUCUAUACCCACUAGACUGAACAUUUAUUUAAAAGUUAAAAUCAAAUAGCAAUUUGGUUUCAACAUAUUGAAAUAAAUAAUUGAUAAUAAAUGUUGGAAAAAAUCAAUAAAUUUUAGAAAUAAUAAUUAAUUCAGCAUGAAGAGCAUUUGAAUUGGUUUAAUUUUUAAUGUUUAUUGUUCAGGUGAAUUAAAAAAUUUAAAAAAUGAUGAAGUAUUUGAUUUUGCAUUUAAAUAUUUUUGCAUGGCAUAAUUUUUAAUGAGAUAAUUAAGAGCAAAUAUAAUAUGACACCUAUAUACAUAUAUAUCUUAAAUACUUCUAAAUAUUUUCAUAUUUUGAAAUUUUAACUAAUAGUAGUUUCAAAUGCCAACUUCCAUCUAACUAUUUUAAAAUAUUAUUUUAAUAUAUAGAGUUGGUUGCAUAUCACAUGGGUUAAAAUUUGCUGUGUAAGAAGUUCUAAAAUAAAUAUACAUUUCACAUAAUAAUAAAUAUAACACUGCAAUAUCACAUACAACUGCUAACAAUUAUAAUUAUCUUCGAAUGAGCAUGGAUUGACAUGCAAUGUCCAACACAAAUACAAUAGCGAAUGACACGGUUAAGGAGAGAAAUUGAUUUAACUACUAAUUGUCCUGAAACCAUCUACAAUUGCUAACAACUAUAACUAUCAUCGAAUGAGGAUGGUUUGACAAUGUCCCACACAAAUACAAUAGGGAAUGACUUCACGUGCACACAUGUAGCCAAUGUGAAUUGCCAUAUUAUCUAGAAGUGACACAUCGUUCACAAGUAAAUUAUUCAAUGUUAGUAAACUAGAGUGGUCAAAUUAACAAUGAGCGCCACUUAUAGGAAUGAAUUUGCAAAGAGAAUUCAUAUUCCCUGCGUUACCUAGCCGUGUGACAAUCCCGCAUUGCAUAGAUGAGAUCCCGCAUUGCAUAGAUGAGAUCAUGAGAAGUAGAAAUUACUCUAAAGAAACACUGAUACUCUUAAAAAAAAAAUAAGAAAACUUCUAUUGAUAAAAAUAUUUUAACAUGGAAAAAGAAAAACUUGGAUAACUUGACUCUCGUUUAGUUUUUAUUUUUCCAUGUUUUAAUAUUUUUACCAAUGCUUCUUUAGUGUAAUUUAGUUCAAUAGUUUCAAUAACUAAUGCAGGUUGCUAGUUUUUUCUAAUCUAAUUUGUUUUGACAAUUAUUUGUUUAUUUAUGUAUUAUGAUAAUAAUUAGUUGGUUUAUAAAGCAGAUUGAAAUUCCCUUUUCUAAUCAGCGAGUACAAACACUUAGGUUGGUCUUUUCUUUUUAGUUGUUGUGGAUAUAUUUAUCUAUUAAAAAUGAGAAAGUUUAGGUUUUAGUUUAAGGAUUUAAGG